AUGGAAGGCUCCAGCGGAACCAGUUCCGAAGUCAGCACCUUGACAGCGUUCGUGUUGAGCGCCGAUUUCGGUCUGAGCUCUGAAGGAAAAUCGGUGGUUGCAAAAGGAAAAGAACGUUUUCUCAACGCACUGUAUGCAUACGUGAGAAACCAGAAGGUGGACAAUGCACCUCACGCAACUUGUCGCGUGGCCAAGUACAUGCUGAUGCUCUCUGCACUUACCGCGCUCUGCCAUCUGCUGAACGAAGAAGUCCAAAUGACAAGUUUAUUCAACAUAAUCGAGUUCGACGAGCUGAUACAAGCCUGCCAUAAGACUAGUCCGCCACGGUCACGAUAG